AUGACGCAGACGGAUUCGUCGACGCUGACGUUGAAGACCAAGUCCAGCUCUUCGGUGGCAACGUUCAUCCACCUGAGUACUACCGGGAAGCCGUUGAGAAAUUCAACGAGACCGCCUACGAAGCUCAAGACUAUAGCGACGGUAGUCUACUGCUCCUCGAUGCCUGCGACGCACAAUGGCGCCAGUACUGCGAGGUGCUGGGUUGUGACCCCAAAAAUGUUUGGAAAGGUCGGUAAGGAUGGCAGGAAAAGGCGAGGAACGAGGAAGAGCAGCUCUUUGAGCACAUACUGGAAAGUCUUCCGACUCGUCUUCGAGAGAGCCACUGGAGACAAACUCGACCCGAAACUAAAUCGGCGUAUGCACAAGGUUCUCCGAGACCUCUCCAGAAAACAUGACUUGAGCGACCAGAGGCGAGCGAAUCGAUGCAUGACGAUCGAAGAUCUCAAGGAGCAAAUCGAAACGACAAUUAGCACGACAAAAAAUCGUUCAGGCUUGGGGAACUUCGAAUCCUUGCUGUUCUCUUUCUCCUUCUUCUUGCACCCGCUGGAGCUCGCCCCACAUCCAUCCUGCGUCUCCGCCUUCACGAAAACGUACCUCGGUGUCAAAGAUGCGAAAACAUUUCCUCUUCCAGAGACCUUAGCCGACCCUUCCUUGCUACUCAAUCCUCACAUCUUCCUGCUAGGCAUUCUUUUCCGCCAUCGCGCGUUCCGAGCAACAAGUCUCAAUUCACCCGCACAGCUUGCCAAUCUUGAUAUCCACCCUGAGGAGCGGGAGCUACCUCUGCCGCUCAAGGACGAUCUAAAAGACACAUAUAUAUUCCGACGGGCUAUGAAAACCUUUACCGGCUAUGAGCUAUCCCAGGACAAGCCUCUUUCUUACCAGAUGAUUGCACAAUGGAUCAGAAGGGUUGGCGAAAUAUUGGGGUUGGAAUACCCCACCAUCCCCUACAACUUGCGUUAUAAUGCGGCCAAUGAGUUCGAUCGAAGUGCUUCAGCCGAUAUCAGCGAGUCGCUGCGAAAUCUUGCUCUAGAUCACGCCAAUUCGAAUCCCUUUCAGAAGCACUACCUGGGACGGGAGAGCAAGACCUUCGGCAUCAUCGCCCAGGUUCAAAGAAGCACAUGGAACUCCGCCGUCGACUGA